CUCACAUUUCACAUGAAUAGACUUCUUUCGUUGCAGCAACACUCGGCAAUCGAAGUGGGGAGGGAGGUGUGUGGGAAAGGAAAGGAAAGAAUCGAAAAAAGGAAAACGGGAAAAAAAAAAGAGUAGGUUGGUUCCACAUCGUUUCUUCUAUUCCUUUUUCUUCGCUUGGAUGGAUUAUAUAUAAAUAUAUCUAUAUGUACACGAUAUAUACACAACCCAUCUAAGGCUGGGCUAAGCUUGUAAACUGUUUCUACUCCAACAUCCCAUCUGCACGCUAUGACAUCGUCGGACUAUCCCUUUCACCAUCAUCACCACCAUCACCAUGAGAACACAUCAUGCGGCAGCAGCAGGUCGCCAGAUCCGUCAGAAAUAUCAUCCCCCCAAACCUCCAUCUCGCAGUUCGAAUAUGCGAGUAUGAUUCGAUCGGCUGGCCAGAGUGACAUGGAAGCUAUCAUAGAGGUCGAGACGACUUCCUUCCCUCAGAUCUACACCGAUGUCGGCCAGCUAGCCGACUGCCGUCGACGCGAGCUCGAAGGAGGCUACCCUUAUUAUAGAAUUCUCACGACCAACCCGGAGUUGGGCGAUGAGACGGCGAUCCACGGCCUCAUAAUAUUCGAAUCCUAUCUCCGCUCUUAUAGGGAGUACCAUGAUAUCGGAACUGGGGAGGGGAUCGUACUACCAGCAAAUCGUCCGCCAGAUAAGAAGCCAGCCUACAGCAUCUUGAUGGCUGCCAUACGCGCUGAUCCUGCCUUGCUGGACGAGGAGUUUCUAUUUGUUUCAGAGAUCUGUAUUCAUCCCCACGUACGAGAAAGAGGCAAUGGGACGAGACUCAUGCGUCAUAUUGUGGAUGUGGCCGACGUGCUCGCCGUAAACAUCAUCGUCCUUGUCGAAGGUUCAGUUUCGGAUGCUGCUCAACGGUGGACAGCAGAUGAAGCCGAGGAGAUCAACGCCGUUGAGUUGACUGCGUUAAGGGAAAGGGAGCAGAGGACAACCAUGCCGUUCUAUGACAGGUUAGGAUUUAAGAAGAGAGCGUAUUUCUUCUGGGGUCGCCGAGGUUGUGCCAUACCUAGGAUUUUUUACGUGAUGCAAUACCCGGCGUACAGGUAACAGAACGGAGGGAUAGUGAUACUCGGAUAACCAUACUAGAUAUAGAAAAGGACGCUCAAGCAUCAGCAAGAUAAAUCGAAUGGUACGCUUUUGGUUGACAGCUUUCUUCGAGUCUUAGUAUG